AAUAUAUGUUGUGUGUUUUGUUAAAAUCAAAGUUUUACCAGUGAAUCUUUUUAGUGUUAAUGAUAAGGGCAAUGCUAAUUUUCAAUCGAAUGUAUUAAAGUUACGAGAAGCGUCAUUUAUUUUAAAAAGUAAUAAGUAGGCUACUCUGUGUUCUGUGUCAUCAUCAUAAGAUUAUCGGACAAGUCUAAAAUAUACCUACUUUAGAUGUAAAACUACUAUUAGUAAAAUAAAAAGAUAUAUAUAUAUAUAUAUAUAUAUAUAUAUAUAUAUAUAUAUAUAUAUAUAUAUAUAUAUAUAUAUAUAUAUAUAUAUAUUAUAAAUAUAUUAAUAUAUAUAUCACAUAUUAUAUAUAAAAAAAAUAAAAUAAAAAGAUAUAUAUAUAUAUAUAUAUAUAUAUAUAUAUAUAUAUAUAUAUAUAUAGGCCUAUAUAUAUAUAUAUGUAUAUAUAUGUCAUUAAUAUAUCAUAAUAUAUAUCACAUAUCAUAGAUAAAAAAAAACCAACGUUAAUCUAUUCAAUCCGCACGUUCAUUUAAAGAGAUUCUUCUCGUAACUCCACAAAUAGGGAUUUUAAAAAAUUUAUGACUGUUAAAUAGUAAAGAACAAUUAAUGAAUAUCAUGGUCAACCUGGUAGCUACGAUUCUUUUCUGUUUGGCAUAUUUGGUGAAUCAAAAUGGUGGACACUACAUCAAGGACGAACGGUUCAUGUCAGACGUGAAUUUGGAGCACUACUACGUCAUCGAAGAAAACGCACUGAGUAACGCUGACGUAUUGUUAAGGGAGGAUUAUUUUGGUGCUGAUGAAGAGGAAGAUGAGGAAACACAUUUGGAGCACAUGCCGAAUCUCACACAGUUUAAAGGGUAAAUAACUAAAUUUAAACCUUAAACUUCUGAUCUUAUCGUAAUUGCUGGGUUUUUAGUUCAAGUUGCAGAUUCGGUCACUUGUUUCCAAGCGGUAGGACAACUUUAAAACUUGGAUGACUAGCGUGGACUUGAAGGAAGUAUAAGUAUAAUUGUUAAAGAAAGAUACCCCCCCACCCCAACCUGGCUACGGGGAAACACGCUAGGCUCGAGUGCCGCAGUAACGCAUGGGAACUGCAUGUUAUUUGUUUGUGUGUCCACAACAGGAACGCCCGCUCCCUUUUAGAAUUUCUGCAGGACAGUCCCUUGAGUUAUGCGAGGAUGUAUGGCAGACAUCCGACCUGGCUUGAAAAUUAAGAUUGAUUUCAUACAGCUGAUCUACUUAUUCCUUAGAAGUAGGCUUCUGUAAAAGUGGGCUCUUUGUGUCAAUUAGAAAAACUUUUGACACAUGUCAAACCUUUCAGUUGCUGUACCCCCCCCCCCCCCAGCAGAUUCAUCAGGCAAAAUCUAGAGAUCGGUUUAAAUCUGAACAGUCAGACCCUGAGCAACCAAAGCUUUUGACAUUUCUGACUUUGAGACAGAAAUAUUUAUAACUUAUGUGUGCAACAUGGAAAUGAACCUUUUAUAAAUACUGAAAAUCACAAAAUAUACUUCAAUAUUUUUUUAAAAAUGUUACCAGUAUCAUUGAUGAGGCUAAAAUGGUCCACCAACUGGCUGGGCCAGACCUUGAGGCGUUUCUGUGGAACCCGGUCAACAUGUACCACUUGCUUCGACGCCUUGAUGAUGGCUGGAGACAGGGACUUGACUUACUGCUGCAGACAAAGCCAUGUAGACACUGUGAGGAUUCUUGAUUUCUUAAAAGCUUCCUAUAAGUUAUGUUUAUAGUAAUAUAUUCAAAUAUCACGGUUAGUGAACAAAUUCCUUUUUUUUUUUCUUGAUUUAAAAAAAACAAAUACUUGAUAAUUGUAUUAUGCUGUCUUUGUUUAAUUUAAAACAGAACAUGUGAUGCUAUGAAUCAUGAAGUUCAAUGUUGUGUAUAUAUAUAUAUGCCCUAUAAGUAGUAUAAGUCAGGUAAUUUAAAGUUUACAAAAAAAAAUAAUUUUGAAUACAUCAUUUAAAUUUUUUAUUAACUACAUGUAUUUAUGAUUGCCUCUGUCUAGGGAACCUCCCCUCCAUGGUGGGCAGACUUCAUUAUCUCCAAGAUAAUCUCCCAGGGAGGCUUGAGCUGGAGAGGGUUGUGGGAUACAUUGCAACAUUACAGAAAAUUUACAAAUUAAAUCCACAAGACAUUGCAAAAGGGAGAAUCGGAGAUGGCGUGUCAGUGAAACCUCUGAAUAUCGAAGAAGAGUUUCAAAUUGUCAAGGUUGGGUUACAGUGGUAGAAUCUAUUCCAUUCUAAAUGCAGUUUAUACAGUUAUAUGAUGUAUUGAAGGUUGUGUCCUAAAAGUAGGACAGUUGGGCAUUUUUAAAUUUAUUUUAAAUUCUUAUAAUGAUAUAUUUUGAAACAUCGAUAAUGUCAAACCAGGCUCUAAAAUAGCUAAAAUUAUUUUUUAAUUCAAAAAUAUUUCAAAUCGUUUGCAAUCAUUUAUAGUGUCUUAAUUCAAAUAUGGAACUGUUUUACAUUCAUCAAUAUAAAAAUAACAUUGUACCUUUGACUAUCAUUUAAUAUUAUAAAACUCUUUUUAGAACAUUCAAUUUCCAUUUUUUAACUGCAUGAUACCAGUGUCUCUAACCCAUUUAAGCUUUUUAUUUUAAACAGGGAUAAAAAAGAAUGAUUUCCUUCCAUUUAAAAAAAAAACACUUAGCAGAUUAGUUUUGGAAAUUGCAUCAUUGAAUAAAUUAAAUAUUAUUAUCGUCAGGUCCUUAAUGACAAAGAUGACAUGGAAACUGCACUAGUUUGGCUACAGCAUAUUUAUAAUCUGCUAGCUAAGUACAACCCCUCCCAGAGGGAAGAACUAAGCUUCAAACUGACAGAUGUUUUGAACUUGAUGGCUUCUGCAAACUACCAUGUAAGUCAUUAGCUUAAAGAAAUUAAAAAUUUUAAGGAUGAAAAUAAAGGAAAAAAAAUGUUUUAUCAAUUUCAAAAACUAGUGAAUAAAAUUGGGAAAUAAUCUGAUUUUAAUUUAAAGGGACCCCACCCAAUCACUACCACUUAAAGAUUUAUAUAAUUAGUGAUUGGAAUUUAUGCCGAUAUUACUUUGUUGAGAUCCAGAAAAUAAAUUGGUGGAAACUCUAUGGGAAUGUGAAUGAAGCACUAACUAUUUUUUUAUUUUUUUUUUACAAGAAUAUUUUUCUUUCUAUCUUGGACUAAGGCAAUAUAGACAUAUCCCUAUUGUGAUGUAAGAAUAAUUUGGGCUACUAAAUAAAUCAUUUCCCCCUUAUGCUUUUGUUCAGAUGAAAGAUAUUUCCGAGGCACUGAAGUUGACGGAGGCAGUAUUAAAACUUGGUAAGUGAGGAUGUUCAAAGUUAAAUAAAUCAACAUUCUUGUUUAUAAGUAUUGUAGGGUUUUUUUUUAUUUCACGUAAAGGAAAAAGUUGUUAUGACUGUUCUAGAUAUUAUAAUUGAUAAUUUAUUUUGCAGAUGCAUCCAAUGGCAUAGCUCUCAGCAAUCUAAGGUUUUUUAAAAGCAAACUGGCUGCCCUAGAAGAGAAGGGAGAAGACACAAGCAAGAAGGCUCCAUCUCGUAAAAUGUCAAAAUUUGAACGACUUUGUGCCCGUCAAAGGAAACAGAAGGUGGGACACCACAUCAAAUAAAGACGCUGUGAUAAUUUUGAACAAUGUGCAGAGGAACAUGUAUAUUGGCUGGAAUUAUACUGAAAUAGCUAUUUAAUGUUGAAAACUGGAAAAAACAAUUGAGAGAUUUUAACUUAAUGGCUCAGCUACCACAUUAAUUUAUAAUAUGUUCUAAAGAAAUAACAGUUAUUCAGAGAGAUCUUUUGAAGUUUUGUAGAGCAUUUGAGAGUCAUAACUCAAGUGUCCAUUGAAAUGUUGAAUAUGUUGAUAUAUUUUCUAUAAAUUACUGGACCUUUUCAUAAGCUCAAUUUGUACAAUCAUAUGAUUAAAAAUUAGUAUUGUGUUUUGUUUCGUUAUAUGGACAGUAUCGAAUGAGAAAUAACUAAGCAAACAUAUAUUCCCAAUUUUGUGCCACACUCUCUUUGUUAGACGCUUUUGUCAUUGCUUUUUUUCCUGUUCAAACUUUCUUCGAAAUUGUUACAAAAUUUAACAUUAACAGGUUUCAAGAAAAAAAUGUACGCUCCUUCGAUAUGGAUAUUGGCACUUCAAGAAGGAACUCAUUCGCCGCAAGCCUUAUAUCGCUUUGUUUCAUGAUGUCCUUCGCAACACUACUGCCACACAUCUGAAGAAUUAUGCUUACAAUGUUGUAAGUUGGGGGACGUUUAGUGUCCUGAAGGAGAGAAUGAUAUUGAUACCAGAAUAUAACAUUAAAAUGAGUAAACCACAAUUAUUGCAUAUUUAAACCAACACAGCCAUUUAUAUUGAACCACUUAUGUGUAUAAUACAACGAUGCAGUGCAAAACUGAACUGUGCGUAGAACUGCCCUAUAGAUACCAUUGUUAUUAGAAAUGGCCUGAGGUUGAUUACCUUUCAGGUACAUGAUGAUAAAAAACAAAUAAUGUUUUCAAAGAGUUACAGAUCCAUGUCUGAUAGAAUCAAAGUUAACAUUUACUCUUGUAUUGUGCACAGUUGUCAGACAACGCAUGGGAGAAGGAAGAGAAGUUUCACCCUCCUACAUUGAGGUAGGCUGCACGUUAGACAGUGUACUAUGUUGAACACGUUACACUGUAUUUUUCAUUUUAGGGCAGGUGGUAUAAUCUGUUUAAAGUUAAAAUGGUAAUUGUUUCAUUUUGAUUCCUGUAUUCUGUUCGAGGGGAUUGAACUUUUGUAUGAAUACACUGAAUCAUUUUUAAUGAUAAGUGGUUGGAGGAUUGGUGGGUGGGGGGGGGGGGGGGGGGGGGGGGGGGGGGGAUAUAGGUCUAGUUUCAUCACAGUUUGGGCUGUGGUUGAACUUUUUCAAAGGUAGGAGCAGGCUAGGGACCAUAAAUACAGCUGCCAGAUAUAUGGCACAAGCUAGGUGCACUCUGCCAAAGAAAAAAUGUAUCUGCUCUUUGUAGGGAGCAGUCAUUCAGACUUUUAUGGUCAUUAUAGGGAGCUUUUUCCUAUAUGAUUCAUGGUCGGGAGAGAAUUCAAGGUGUUUGCCUUCAUCGGUAAUACUUGUGGGGUAAUGUUGUGGGUGAUCUUGAUAUGAGCUCUGAUUCAUGGGCCAGCCCAAUGACCCACAGCUCAAUGGCUCAGCCAAAUGGCCCACUUUCCAUGGCCUAGCCCAAUAACCCACAGCUCAAUGGCUCGGUCCAAUGGCCCACAGCCAAAUGGCCCACAGCUCAAUGGCCCACAGACCAUGGCCCACUUUCCAUGGCCCACUUUCCAUGACCCAGACCAAUUUGUCACUUGCUAGAGACAGCUAGCUGCCAAAUAAACAUACUAUGGUGGGAGGCGCGGCAAAGGAGUGGCAAAGAUGGGGCUGCUUAAGAUGAUGACACCUCUGUUCACCUUUUUCUUAAUUACUGCCACUGUGGGGUUUGCAUUACAGAAACCGAAAAUGUAUUCAGGCCACAUGAAUAUUUUAGAGGGAGGAAAGCUGGUAUGCUGCCGACUCAUGUUUGUGUAUAGACCAGUGCUGUGGAGAAGGUAAACAUUUGUUAUCUUAUGGAUUGAAUCAUGUUUCUGUUCCAGCUUAAAAUUGGACCCAGUCAAACUGAGGGUGAACCAGGCCAGGUGGCAUGUCAACAGGCUGCACAGAUAUCUGAGCUUCCUUGCUCUGGCUGAUCAGAGACAGCUGAGUUGGUGGGGCCAGAAGCAGGUUAGUCAUGAUGUUGUAUCUGAAAACUUGUCUAAUUGGUAUUUAGAACUCAGGUUUUAGGAUCAGUUAUGUGGACAUACAUAAAAUCCUUAUAUGAUGUAUUUUAAAUGAAUUUAGAUAUGAAUCUUCAUGUAAAUGUUUCUCUUCACUAGAUUAUCAAUGUUGGUUUGGAAGGAAUGCACCUUGAAAAUCACAAAGAGAAGCUUCGUCUGGUGAGUUUACCCUUUUUGAAGUUUAAAAUUUGAUGGAAAAAAAUUUGUUUUUCUUAGCUAAAUAAAAAAUAGAAAAGAUUUUUCUUUAUUGAAUUAAAGUUAUGUCACCCAAUAAAAGUUAGAUAAUUUUUUUACAGGACUUAAAUUUAUAAACCUUAAGAGGUUGAAAAAUUAUUUAAGAAAAAAAAAAAUUAAAUGGUCAUUUCAUUGUUCCUUUUGUUGUUGUUAAUGUAACUUAGCAUUGCACAGAAGUAAUAUAACAUCUGGAAAACUAGCACUUAUUGUUCUCAUCUUAAGUGGGGUCAAGGGUCAUUGACAGUGGUGUAUAUCAACUUGAUUGUGAUCAUUAACAUUGGCAUAUAACAACUGAAUAAUCAUCAUUAACAUUAAUGUAUAUCAACUGGAUAGUCAUCAUUAACAUUAAUAUAUAUUGACUGGACAGAGGUCAUUAACUUUAAUAUAUAUCAACUGGAUAGUGUGCAAAUCCAUUUUUGUGUGUUUGUUUGUAAAUGUCCACGUGUAUCAAUUGUUAUGUUUUCAGGUUCGUGAAUACAAUCUUGGGAAAAUCAGUGAAGUUGCACCAUAUUUCACGUUUGUAAGUUAAACAAAAACUCCAUGAUUUUCUUAUAAAUUACUUAGAAAAAUUUUUUUGUCAAUAUUUCCUUUCAAACAGCUUGAUUGUAGAAUAUUUAGUAUUUACCCAAGUACACUAAUUCCUUAAAGGUGGUCAUGAAAAGCUGCUGUUUUUUUUUUAAAUCGCCAAAUGUAUGGGAUGGGAAAUAUUCUUAACUCUUGGCAUACAACCACAAAAUACUACCUAAAAUGGCAUUCCAUGAUCCAAAAUGUUCUUGUGUAUAAUGAAUUUCAGCUGAAUGAUGUAAAGAAGGGCGGUGAAGUUGUCUUUACAGACCAGGGUAUCACUCUCCAUCCUGAAAAGGUAAAAUGUGCUUGUUUAACCAAGAUAUGCCUAUAUUAGCCUAUAUAUUAUUCUUACAGCCGAUUCCAUUACAUGAACAUUUUUUAAGUUUGUUGCUCAUGUACAACAGCUGCUUUAAGAAAACGUGUAUAUAAUAAAUAAAACAAGUGUUGGCUUAUUAGCUUGCAAGAUAGUUCUGAGAGCAUGGCCUUGAAAUAAAUUUUUUUGUUAAAAGCAAGUGGUAAAAUCUAUAUCCAGGGAAGUGAACAAAUGGUUCUAUCCAGGGAAGUUAAAAAAUAGUUUUAUCUAUAUCCAGUGUAUUUAAAAAAUGGUUAUAUCUAUAUCCAGGGAAAUUAACAAUUGGUUAUUAUAUCGAGGGAAGUGAACAAAUGGUUAUAUCUAUAUCCAGGUAAAUUAACAAUUGGUUAUUAUAUCCAGUGAAGUUAACAAAUGGUUAUAUCCUGGGAUGUUAAAAAAUGGGUAUAUCUAUAUCCAGGGAAGUGAACAAAUGGUAAUAUCUAUAUCCAGUGAGGUUAACAAAUAGAUAUAUCUAUAUCUAAGGAAAUUAACAAAUGGUCAUUAUAUCGAGUGAAGUUAACAAAUGGUUAUCGGCAUAUCCAGGUUAAUUUAACAUAUGGUUAUAUCUAUAUCUAGGGAAGUGAACAAAUGAUUAUAUCUAUAUCCAGCGAAGUUAAAUGGUUACAUCUGUAUCUAGUCAAGUUAACUAAUGGUUAUAUCUAUAUCCAGGGAAGUGUGUUGUUCUACUCACCAGUGGAGACAAAAAUUCACAGUUUCUGUCCUGUAGUUGGUGGUUCUUUGUGGGGUAAGUGUUUCCACUGACAGCAACUGUUAUAACUAUGUUGACACACAUAUGGUUGUUUGUGGGGUAAGUGUUUCCACCGAUAGCAACUGUUGUAACUAUGUUGACACACAUUUGCAAAUUUUCACUAAUUAAUUAAAUAAACUGCACAGGAUUUGAAAGUUGUAACAGGUCUAUUAAUCAUGCAAUAAAAUAGUUUUAGAUUAGAGAUAACAAAAUGUAUAAGAUAUUUUUCUCAAUGAAUCAUAUUAUGCUUCUGUUUUACUUGUAAUUGAUAGCAAUGAUAGAAAAUAACCUCAAGUUUGAUUAAAUUAAAGAUAGAUUUAAAAUUUUAAUAUAUAGGUCCUAUAUACUAAUAAUACAUAUAUAUUUUUUAAACAUGUUUUUCUAGCAUGAUUAUUUCAUUAGAUGUUGAGGAAUGUUUUAAUUAAUGUUGUUUUUUUCUUUCAUCAGUGGCCAUUAAUCCAUCUCAUGAAAAGAAGAAAGACUUCUGUGUGGCUGCUGAUGAGUGGGAUAAUUAGAUGGUCAACAUUUUGAUUGGCUAGUUUCUAUAAUAGUUACCUAGCUAUUUAAAUGUUACGAAUUUGUAUAGCCAAUUCAUCACUUCCAUUCAUUCAUCAAUGUUUCAAACAAUUUUGUAUCAUGUUCCAAGAAAUUCAAUUUUAACACCAAACCCCCCCCCCUGGUAAUUUGUUAAAAUAAUGGAUAAGGAUGAUAGUGAUAAGAGGAAAGAUUAUUCAUUUGUAUGUUUUAAACCAGUUAUGAAAGGGGACAUAAUUUAUAGUAUCCAGUUUUAAAAAUGUGUUUUUCCUCCUGUAUGCACCUUAAAAGAAGCAGCACAUCUCUGCACGGACUUUUGCCCCCCAAAAAACAAAAUGGGAAAGGGAAACACUUUAAGAUUAUUUUUACUGUGUUUCCUAUCAAUCUAAUGUGCUAUUGAGAUUAAGUGACAUGUGUUGAAUGUGGAAAAUGCAGCAUUUGUGUUUAUUAAACAUUGUAUUUGCUAAAACAAAGCUGUUUCAGUAAGUUUUUUGUUGUUAUAUUCUUGUAAAUAGCUUUUUAAUGU